GACAACGAAGCCUACCACGUGAGAGAAGACACAAAAACAAAACCUAGUAAAAACUACUGACACGGUGUCACUUCCUCUCUAUCCGUCAGUUUCCGCUGCUUGACAAUCUCUCGGCAAUGGACGGGUUUGGGCCGAACAAUUACGAGGAUUCUAUUUAUGAAUUCACUAUAGCUGAGAUUAUAAAGCUGGAGAAUAUAUUUAAGGAGAUUGCAGAACAAUCAGUGGGUCAGGAGUUUUGCCAAGAUAUUGCAACCAGUUUUAGUUGCUCAGCAAGUCGUGCUGGAAAAUCUGCCAUUACAUGGGAGCAGGUGCAAACUUGGUUCCAGAAUAGGCAAGAGCAUUCGGAAGCUAGGCAAGAGCAGUUGGAAGCUAAAGUAACUUCCUCAUCUGGGGCCCUGAAAUUAUUUGUUGAUACUUCAGAUGCACACAUUUCAAGCAAUGCACCCGAAAGUUGUCCAACUCCUAAAGGAACAAAGGUCUCAGAUAUUUCAGAGUUGCAAUUUGAAGCUAAAUCAUCAAAAGAUAAUGCAUGGUAUGAUGUUGCUUCGUUCCUCACUUAUAGAGUUGCCAGUAGAGGCGAACUUGAAGUUCGUGUACGCUUUGCUGGCUUUGGUAAGCAUGAGGAUGAGUGGGUGAACGUAAAAAGGGCGGUGCGGGAGCGGUCUAUUCCUUUAGAACCAUCGGAGUGUUCGAGGGUGAAGGUUGGAGAUCUUGUGCUUUGCUUCCAGGAAAGAGAAGAUCAUGCAGUUUACUGUGAUGCCUAUGUUGUGGAAAUCCAAAGGAAGCUCCAUGACAUAAGGGGCUGCAGGUGCACCUUCGUUGUCCGCUAUGACCACGAUAACACUCUGGAAAAAGUUCAGCUUGGGUGGAUAUGUGGCAGGCCCACACAAUGUUCAGCAUCCGGUUUUGGUUUCCAAGCUGAGCCGACACAAUAUGAUUCGCAGUCCGCCUUUGAUAUCCCAGAGGGAGUCAAAUUUCCUUUUUAACCUGCAUUCAAAUCUUAUUCCCUUUGUCAUUUGUUGUAAAUUUUGCUAUGAAAUGUUUGGUUCGUAAUCAUAACCUCUGGAAACUUGGAUUCAACAUUACAAGUAGCACUUGAAGAACCAUGCCUGCAUCCUCAACCCGUAUGCCGAAGGUAGAAUAAAGAAAGUUCAAAGUGACCCGUCGUGGUUCAAAGGAGAGUUACUCCAAUGCCUAAGUUAGUGAAGGGUUUUGAGAAGGAAAGUAAACACAGCGCUUAGCAAGAAGAAUGAUCCAACAUGAGUUUAUAACUUUACAGCUUUGUUUAACAGCCCCUUUUUGUCCGUUUAAAAUAUGAUCUAACCGACAUCAAGGACUGAUGGAAACAAAAAAUAUGUUGUUGUAUGAGCAUUCUCUUACCGAUUAUUUGAAUUAUUAUUCAUGUGAAAUGUUAUUUUUGA